GCCAUUCGGUGCGGGUGUCCGGGCGGCAGCGACUGGGCCGCGGCGUCGAGUGUUUCCGAAGCCCCAGGGCCUGAGGCCGCCGGGGGGCAGCGAGCGGGCGGGGGGCCGGUGUCCCGGGCCGGCCGAGGGGAGGGAGCGGGCGAGGGGCCGAGGGGGAGCAGCUCCCCGAGCCGGGCGGGCGGUGAGGAGAGGCCGGGCGGGCGGCGGGGAUGGGGCAGGAGGCAGGCGAGGCCCAGGCCCGGGGCCCCGGGCAGCUGCGCCGGGAGAGGUCGCGGGACGCGGCCCGGAGCCGCCGCGGCCGGGAGACCGAGGUGAUGUGCGAGCUGGCCCGGCAGCUGCCGCUGCCCCGCGGCGCCGCCUCCCACCUGGACAAGGCCUCGGUCAUACGGUUGGCCAUCAGCUACCUGCGGCUCCGCACCCUGCUCCGGCCAGUGCCAGCAGAGAGUGACAUGGCCGUACGGCUGAAUUCCCUUUAUCUCCGAGCCCUCAAUGGCUUCUUCAUGGUGCUGACAGAAGAAGGCGACAUAGUUUACCUGUCAGAGAACGUCGACAAAUAUCUCGGGCUGACCCAGCUUGCUCUGAUCGGACACAGCAUCUUUGAGUUCACCCACCCCUGUGAUGAGGAGGAGGUGAAGGAUCUGCUGAUGGCACGUCAAGGGCUCACAGUGAAACAGGAAGCGCUGGCUCAGAAAGACUUCUUCAUGAGGAUGAAAUCGACACUGGUCAAUGGGAAACGGACUGUCGCCAUCAGAUCAGCAACGUGGCGAGUGCUGCACUGUACGGGGCACAUAAAAAGAUGCAAGGUGAACAGCAAAACUCCUCUGAGCUGCACCUUCCCAGAGCCUCCAAUGUCCUUCCUACUGAUGAUCUGUGAGCCCAUCCCUGACCCUUCCAACGUCGAGGUCCUGUUGGACAGUAAAUCCUUCCUGAGUCGGCACAGCAUGGACAUGAAGUUCACCUACUGCGACCCACGAGUCACCGAGCUCAUUGGCCACCACCCAGACUCGCUGCUGGGUCACACCGCCUAUGAAUUCUACCAUUCGUUGGACUCUGACCACAUGACCAAGAUGCACCAAACCUUGCUGAGUAAGGGACAGGUCACCUCUGGUCAGUACCGCUUUCUGGCCAAGAGCGGAGGGUACGUUUGGUUGGAGACACAAGCCACCGUGAUCUACAGUGGUGACAACAUGAAGCCUCAAAGCAUUGUCUGCGUCAACUUUGUGCUCAGUGCUGUGGAAGAUGACACCCUCAUCCUCUCCCUGAACCAGAGCAGAAGACUCCAGGAGCCUGCUGCUGAUGCCAGGAAAGCCCAGGACCUCUUCGUCCAGCAGAAUGAGAAUCCCACCAACGUGGAAGAGCUGGCACUAAGCUGUGUAGAUAUUGUUAUCUCCCUGGAUUUGAAAGACCGAUUGGAUUCAAGCGCAUUCCACUUCACCAGGAAGCUCCCUGAAGGCAGUGAGGUGCCCCUGUCACCUGAGGACUUCUGCAGUCCCGCACUCUGCAAAUUACUCUCGCCCAUCUUUGACCAUCAGCUGAAGCUGAGACCCAACAGUGGCCAAGAGACGGAGCCAGGGCCACGGAAUGAAGCUGGUGAGGCAGAGAGUGGGGCUGCUGUGGCCACACCAGAUGGCAGCACAAGCUCAAAGGCAGAGUCCCAGGACCUGGACUUGGAGAUGUUAGCACCAUACAUCUCCAUGGAGGAAGACUUCCAGCUGAACAGCUUUGAGUUAUUAGCUGAAGGAAUGGAGAACCUGGUUUGCCCUGAUGAACGCCCAGUCACAGAGCCCAACGAGUGCAGCAACAAAUGGCGAGACAAUCAGGGUCUGGCCAAAAUGUUGACCGAUUGCAAGACCACGCAUUCUGACACUUUGAGCAGCUCCCACAUAGCCCAGCCCAGAGAGAGGCAGACUGAAGUCCCCUGUGCUCCAAGAGACCCUAUUGUCUCGCAACACUCCAGCAGUGGAGUCAGUCAGAGCAAGGUACAAGCAUAUAGCCCCAGCAACCAGCCCCUUGUGUUUGGAGGUCCAGCAUUCACUGCAACUGUGGAGAAGGUUCUCCGAGCGAUAUUCCAGCCUCAAGACACCGUCAAUUCCUCGGAGCCUGGAGCUUGCAAGUCACCCAGUACUGGACAGGAUGCAGCAACACCAAAGGCUGGAGCGAGGCUUGAACCCACUGACCCAUUGGAUGCUGGAUGUACAGAGAGUGAAAGGAACCAGUACACGCCAUCCACAAACAGGUCACUCAUUGAGAAGGGUUUCAAGGGAGACCAGAAACAGCAAGAACUCCAGACACGGGCCCUCCGCAAACGCAAACACAGUCAGGAGCACGAGAAUGGACUGGAGUUGGAUACUUCAGGAGUUACGGAUCUCGGUAUUGCAACAAAGCGAGUGAACGUCGUAACCAGUCAGCUGACCCUUUCACUCCAACUCCACGAAUGACACUGACUAUGCACCUGCUUCAGACAGAGGGGUCUGCUGACCGUGGGGUCAAUGCUCCAUUACUGGAAACCCAUCCACUGCAGGAAGCAGAGUUACUGAUCACACUGGACCAGGUCUCCUGAGGUCCUUGCUCCACACAAAUGCCCUUCUCUGACAAUCAUCCUCAGACUCCACACUCUGUCUCGAUGUAGGGUGAGGCCUGGUUCAUCCCUGCACCUUGGUCAAAGCAGAGGUUUCUCCUAGUACCAUAACCCACUCUUUAGCCACAACAGGAAACACUGACCACAGAUUGGUGUACGCAUGAGGCUCAUGUCCCUUCACACAUGCAGCACCACCUUUCUUUCCCCUGUUCAUUUAUCUCCUCAUAGCUGUUCCUGGCAUAUUCAUUUAUCCAAGAUUUACUACACAACUACCUCAGUCUAAAUGAAAUCUUGCAAAUCUGAAAUAAAACCACAAUUUACAGGCACCACACAGCAAGUCAGGAAGCAUCUGUGGAGAGAGAGAGAAAGAGUUGCCACUUGAAGCUGAUGACUUCUGCUGGAAGGUCAUUUCCAGCAAUCAUUUCAAUCAUCUCUUCCACUACUAAGCCUGAAGAUUCCUCUCUAUAACAGCAACAACUUGCAUUUACAUUGUGCCCUUUUUUAAAAAAAAACAAGAGAACAAAGGAAUUAUCUAGAAAGCCAGUUGUUAAAAGUGCUUUAAGGAAAAUUUAGAAAGGCAGUGAGGUUUUGAGAGGACAUUCAAGAACUUGUACUCCAAAGAGCUAAAGCAGAGAAAGGCAGAGUGAUGUUGCUGAAAUACAAAUGCAAGGUUUUGUUGCUGUAGGUGGCUACCGUCCCCAAGUUGUUUAGGGGAAGGUAUAACAGAGGCAGGAACCCAGGCUCUGUGAAAGUAGAGACUUGUGAACCUUUCAGUGCUGGGCAUCCAGUUGCUUGCUGAGAGCGCGAUAUAGUGCAGUAAACAGUAGGAGUAGAUGGAAAUGUACACUAGGAGCAGAAGUUGGGCUUCAGUCCCAUUUUAACCCCUUUUGACCAAAAAUCCAUUUCAGCCUUGAAUAUAUUCUUGUGUGUAGGGUGGCUGAGACAUUGUGGCAUCUUUGCCUCCCUCCAAAACUCAACAAUACUGGCCACAAUAACGAUUGCAAAAGCAUCCUCGUGUUUCCUGUGAAAGGACGAACUGUUAACCACACGUGCAGCCAAGCUGCACAUACAAUAUGCAUCUUACAGAAAGGCGUUCAGCACAUUGCCACGUGCUAAGGAAAACUCCCAUCUCUUAUUCAGGUGGAAGUAACCCCAGUGUCUCUGGUAACUUGCCAUGGUGCUACACAGUGCUACACUUCCAAGCAUUAAACAUUGACCUCCAGAGAACAAAACAGGAGAAAAAUCAUGAGGCAUUAAAACAAAUGUUUUUAGUUUACUUUAAGGUUUUUGUUUUAUAGAUUUACAUGUACUAGAGUUGGGAAAGUAGUCAAGAAUUACUCAGUCAUUAUUGAAGGGUUUUCGCAAUCUGAUUGGUGCAAAAGGGAGGCUGGGCUUUGAUGGGCACAGCAACCAGCCACUGGAGGGAGGAGCAGCAUGGGGCAGGGUAAGAUGAAAUCUCCAGAACACCUAGCCAACCAGCACCAACAAUCCAACUUGUUGGCAAAGGUUACACCUUCAUGGAGUGCAAUAACUGAACAGGAAAGUCCUGUUACAAUCUCUUGUAAACAGCAAUUCCCUCUCACCAUUCUCAUGCUGGGAAUUAUGUCUCCAGCUUCCAUGACCAGGAACUCCCUCCACCUCCCCCAACUGCCCUCCUGCUCAUGAACAGCACCUUCCAUCAUUGCCCUGCCCACAGAAGGCUGAUUCAGUGGCUCUGGACAGAUCUGUGAUCAAAAUGGCAUGAUUUCUUGUUAUACAAAUCCUGUAGAUCUGAGUGUUCAGAAUAAUAACCUGUGGUGUUGUCAUAAUUAAAUGUUUAUCUUUGAAGUAUGUAAUCAAAGGAUCUCAAUAAUACAGGAAAUAAAACAAAUUUCAGUA